UCCUAACUAAAUAUCUGUCAAAAUAGAACUAAUGCACAAUGUACACUUUCUAAAGGCAGCACAAGCAAUUUGUUCUGAAGUAUUAAUUGUAAUAACUUCUCAAGUUGUGACAUUUGACCAGCGUGCUCCUUAAAAUGACGUUCUUUAUUAAAGCGUAAAGCUUGUCUUUUCUUGAAGAUAAUUUUCUGUCAAAGUCCUUUUUUUUCUCCUCUGCUGGAAAAACAGUAGAGAUGCUGCAUUUUGUGCACGAGGGACACUGUAAAUCUAAGUCUGUAUUUUGGGAAAAGCACUCCUGCUUGAGAGAGCUAGUUGUAAAGUCAAGCAUGCCUGAGAUGAUAAGCUGGAAAAGAUUUUUAGGUCUUUAUGAAAUGGAAUUUUAUGUCAGGCUCUCAGACAAGCAUGAUCUGUAGAGAUCAUUCAAGCAUAUCUGAUCAAUUUCCUGCUAAUGUAGGUUUCAGAUAUUGCCCUUUCUUCUCUGCCUGUGGUGCACAGGUUAGUCUCAUGAGGACUGAAUGCUUUGUCUUAAUUAGAAUCCUUUCACUUAAUGUAGAACUUCUGGGAUGAAUAGUAGGGGGCUGUAAUACACAGAAGUUUGGGAAAUUAGGUGGCCAAAUGGUCCUUCCAGUUCUAAAGUGCUAUGAGAUACAGAAGAACACGGUAUUUCAUUUGCAGUAUUGAAUUCUUGCCACAAAUCUCCAGUGUGUUACAGUGCUUUGCAUAAAAUUAGAUAUGAAAUAUCUUGGACAAUAACCUGCACUGGAAGUCUAGUGUUUGAUUGUUAGUAGUCCUGGAAAAUAAAAUGCCAUAGAGUAGGUGUUAGAAGAGACUGGAAAUAUGAGAAUCACCCUCUGACCACAGAGGCCAUUCAAAAACUACCUUGAAAUAUUAGAUAAUUCAAACCAACAUUAGCAGGGUACUAAUUCCACUGGGAACUUUAUAAACCAGAUAAAUUUAAAAGAAAUAAUCAAGAUACAUACUAAAGUACUUGUCUAUGGAAAUUAAUAUUGAAGUCAAUCCUCGUGGGUGAGAGAUUUUAAUUAAAAAACUGUGCGAGCCUGCAUUGUUUAAAAAUUUAUUAAAAUAGUGUAAUCCUGUGGCUGAAAAUACGUCAAAAUCAUUAAUGAAGCUUCUUAUAAUAACUACUAAUAUUUUUUUAAAUCUUGGUUCAAAACCUUAGGAAAUAAUAAAAAUGGUUGUUCACAACAGUGCUGUUGUUUAGUGCUUUUUUUAGUUCUCCAACUAUAAUAAAAGAAGGGAGAUUUGUUUGAUCAUUUAUAAUUUUUCUAUUUUUCAUCACAAGAAGGGUAUGAUACAAAUCAUUAAUCUCAAAGGUACUUUAUAUUACAAGGAAAAAAAAAAGCAAUAACUGUGGAGCGUUUUAUUGUUUUUUGGUAGAUAGAUAGUAGUUUAUUUCAUUUAACAAAAUGUAUGUAAGACCUGAGAAUGAGACAAUCUAAAACUUAAACAAUGUUUUAGAACAUUGAAAGAGUUGUAACACUGAAAGAGUUAUGGUGCCAUACAAAGUUAUCCGCAGAUAAUGAAGAAUUUAUUAACUUCUAUUAACAGCUGAUAGUUCCUUUUCAGAGCCAUCACAUUCUUCUUUGCAAAUGACUGAAACUGAAAACUGAAACUGAAAUUCAUUUCGGUUUAAGAAUUUGGUAAACUUCGAUCUUAUUUUUAUUUUUAGCAAAUAAUAGGGUAGGUAAAUCUCUCAUAUAUCACAAUAGGAGAGAAUCAGCUUGGAAUAUCUUGGUGUGAUGCUUUGCUGUUUAAUUCUGUUUCAUUCAUUUACAAGUCACUUCAAUCCAGAUAACAGCAGAAGGCCCUGAUACCAUGAUCAUUUCACUGUAGGACUAGCAGGAUAAUUCUGGUUCAGGAGCAUAGAAAAUAGGUUAGUAUAGUUUUCCAAGUGACUUAAUGCAUAGCAUGCUCUUUGUGUGAUGCUAACACAGACAGACACCAUUUUUUCAUUUGUCCACAAGGUGGGCUGUACUUUUAGGCAGGGAGUGCCAUUUUUUGUGUACUAAUGUUGGAAAUAACAGCUAAAAUACAGUAAGCAUCUAGCUUUUUUCGUGCUACUUGGUAGUAUCAGAUGUACGUGGAAGAGACAUUGCUUGCUAUGCACUGGGAGUAAACUUAAACAAAGGGAUGAUGAUUUAUGGGACUGUGUCUCCCUGAGGAUGGCAUUACAUUUACUAGCAGCUUCUACAGUGGCUGCUAGUCACCAGUUGCAUUAACAGCAGACAGUUAAUUCAGAAGGGCCAAAGACAACCACAGGGAGCACAUGUGAUGUGUGAUGUGUUUCUCGGAUAUACAUGUAGUGCACUAAACAUAAACAUACCAAGUACAUAUACUUGAGAGUGUUGUAUUGCAUUUGUGUCCAUGUAAGCAUGCAGGAGAGCGUGCUUCAUCGUUGUCCAUCAUCCAUCCAUUUAAAUACAGAUGCAUUUAAAAUUAUGGUGAAUAGUUUUAUGACUUAUACCUAUAUUUCUUCCUCUACUACGUUGUCUCUUUGUCUUUUAACACUAUUGCUGACAUUACUGUCAUGUUUUCAUUAGUGACAUGGGAUCAAAAUACAAGUUUUAAAAUGUUUUUAUUCAAACUGUCCCUCUUUUGCUUUCAGUUUAAGCUCCCAGACUGGCACACAUCACACUGUAAUUACCUCUCUUCCUUCACAAGGCAGGAGUGGUGAGUCAGACCCACAAUUCCCAGAACUGCCUAUGGAUUUUAAUGCUGUAUGCCUGGGAUGCAAAUGAAGAGUACCUCUUCAAGGCAAUGAUGGCUUUUGCAAUGAGAAGAUACUCCAGCAAGAACACAACUCAAAUUUCCAACGUGCUGCUUUGCAAUGUGACGGAUCGGGUGUCAUUUUGGUUUGUGGUCACAGAUUCCUCCAAAAACACGACAACUGUUCCGGGAAGUGAGGUAGAGGCAGCCAUCAGGAUGAACCGGGACAGAAUCAACAGCGCCUUCCUACUGAGUGACAGAACAUUGCAGUUCCUGAAGAUAUCUACAACCUUAUCACCUCCUGUUGAGCCCUCCACACCUGUCUGGCUUAUUGUAUUUGGUGUUGUUCUUUCUCUCAUUGUGGCUGGAAUUGUUUUCCUCAUUGUUUCAGGGAUUCGGAAACACAAGAAAAAGAAUAAAGAGUCAACAGAGAGAGAAAAUUUAGAAGAGAAAAGUGAAGUGACAAUAACAAUUGAAAAUGGGAUUCCUUGCGAAACACUGGAUUUAAAAGCAGGCCACGUUAAUGGAGUCUUUGCAGCAGAUGAUGAACGGUUCACGUCCUUAUGAAAUGCUGCCAUUGCUAUCUGGUGCUCUUUUGAAAGACUCCUGUGCCUACCUUAUCUCGUCUCUACUCCUGAAUGUCAAACAUGAAGACAAGAAAAAUGUCCUUUCACUUAAUUUCCCUCGAGAGAACCUUUUACUGAUAACACAUACACUGGAACUUCCAUUACAAUGCUUUUGUUUGUGAGCAAAGCAAAUGAGAAGACCUCACAUUAUAGCCAUUUAAGAUUUCAGAAAGAUGUGUGACAGAACAGAGCUGAAACCUGCCUUGUGUCAGGCAUUUAAUUUUAAAUGAUUAUUUAAAUGUCUAUUGUUGUUUUUUCCUUGAUAUAAACAUGAAACUGCAUUAUUCUUGACUGUCACAGGGGAGAUCAUCUAUCAUUGUCAACUCUGUCUGGGCUUUCUUUUAAGCCAUAUACAAAAGUUUUCUCUGUAAGCUGACUUCUGUUUGCUGAUACACUGUAUGCUUUUGGAUGGAAUAGUGAUCAGUGCAUGAAGCUUUUAGUUUAUUUGGGGGGAUAAAAGCUCUCACAGCCUCUGUAAAAGCAGGUUAAAAAAUGGCUGGGCCAUCUACAGUGUUGAGGACUAGCAAAAAUGUGUUUUUCACAUUAAAAAGUCAUAAAUUACGUGACCCAGAAACCAAAAGUGGCAAGAUUUUGAAUUUUUUUUUUAAAUUAAAAGGAAAGGGAGACUUUCCACAGGUGCCUCCUAUUGCCAAUGGCCCAGCUCUCAUUGACUUUCUAAGAGCAUACUGCAAUUGUUUGAAAAAUUCUCCUUACAUUUCUUAAUAAUAAAACUAAAGCAGAUUUCCAAGCUAUAUAGUGAGCCCAGGGUCAACUGAAAUCUUCACGUGGCAGCUGUAUAGCUGGUUCAGCCCUUGAAACACCAGCUGCUGUUUUUCAUACAUCAUGCCUGCCUGAGGUAAGUGGGCAGAGAGCAUUCAGACCUAGGAUUCCUAGGUGUGUGGCUGGAGGCUGAGAGUAUCAAACAAUACCAGGCGCUAAAUUUUAUUGCUGGAUUACUCUGCCAUCAGCCAUAUAUACAUACUACGAAGCUGUCUGUGCCCUACUCCUCUUCCUAUUUAAACCAGUGAUGUAUUUCUUGCUGAUUUGAGAAGAAUUGGGCCUGAGUAAAGGAGAGUUUCAUGUGUGGGUAAUUGCAGACAGAGGAUAUAAAUACAUUGAAGUAAAGUAGGGGACCUGUUGGUCACCAAAUGGCUGCCCACACCACUGGAGGCAGGUUCUGACCAUUAGCUAUCACAUUUUUAGUGUCAUGUUUGGAGACAAUGUUAGAAAACUCAUUUGCUUAUUUCACCCAUAGGAACAGGUUAAAUCAGGAUAAAAGCUCUUUGUAAAGGACCUUCCAGUGUCCUGAAAAUUAAGGAAGCUUCUCAUGCCCUCAGGUAUGAAUUCUUUAGCAUUUUGGCUGUAUCAGGCAUUUUUGGCUAUCCAUUUGGCUUGACUCUGGCUCUUGGGAGUGGGGUAAGCAGAAUGGGGAGGGGAAUGGUGAAACAGCAGGGUGAAACAGGGAGACUGAGCAAGCGGAGUG